AUGCCGGCGCUCACUAUUGCCGUCCAACCCCCGUCUCGCACCCAGGUCUCUACGAUAUUACACCCCCCCCUGGUUGCAGAGUUCAACUUCAAAGGAUCAGUCUCUGGGUUCUAUUUCUUUGCCAUGGCUAUUCUCCUUACCCGAAACGGGGACAUUGUGGAACACGGCUUGGCAGGCACAGCGACGGUGACGGGCAUGGAUGUCACUGCCCUUGUGGGAUCCUCGAGAACCACAAUUUACUUCCCCUUCACAGACCUCAGUCUGCUAUAUGAAGGCGCCUACAAGAUUCGAGUCGAUGUGUACAAGGUCGCUUACGAAAAUUCGGACGGGUAUAUCUUUCAAGAUCAGGUCAAGACCAGCCGCAUCACAGCCGUCAACGAAGACGUGCCGGCGGGAACUCUCAGUUCUUCUGAGCGUGGUGUGAUUCGAGCUCUACAAAACGCUGGUGUCUCGAUUUCUUGA